AUGUCUUCUGCGUCGUCCGCCCAAGAAAUGGCAGAAGAAGUGACAGAGGAUCGCGGUAACCCACUUGCCGACAAUGACUUCACGCUUCCACCCGUAGACACCAGUAGCAGCAGUAGCGAGGAUGAGGAUGAGGAUGAGGAAGAAGCCGAAGUCACGUUCCAAGCAGAAGAGGAAGAAGCCGAAGUCACGUUCCAAGCAGAAGAGGAAGAAGCCGAAGUCACGUUCCAAGCAGAAGAGGAAGAAGCCGCAGUCACAGUCCAAGCCGAAGAGGAAGAGGAAUUGGAAGAGGAAGAUGGCCACCUGAACCAGUGUGGUUGUGGAAAAUCUUCUUGCCUUUCGGUCCAACAUUGA